GCGGCGCGCCCUGGCUUGAACACCAUUUUUUGUCUUUCUUCCAUGCGCUGCUCCGACGGAGUUAGACGCACAAAGUCGCCAUGAAGACCAUCAGGGUUUUUGUCCUCCUGCUAACAUCGGCUCACGUCUUCACGCCAGUGUCAACAGAGGAAGUUGUCGAGAAGCAGCAGAUGGAGAGUCCAACGACAAUCAAAGCGACGACAAAAAGCCACCAGGCACAGACAGCGUCUACAGCUCCGACCGCGGCACCGACAAACCGUGCGCCCCCUCCGGCAGAAAUCACCCAAAAACCUGCGGAGAGCACAAAAACAAUCGCGGCGGCGGUGACGGCAGCGACUACCGCGCCGAUGUCGACGCAGCCAUAUGUGACGUCGCAAGUGGCCAGGGCGGCCGAGAAAACGGCAACAGAAGCUGCGGCAAAUAACAGCACCCAGCCGAGGACCGCCAGCUCCCAGACUGACAGAACGACCAGCCAGACUCAAGGACCGAGCCCCACCUUGGCCCCGCCGCAACCUGACAACGUGAUGCCCCGGCACGAGACGGGCCGGACCACAGAGAAAAGUCCUGGUCCUCAGGUUGGCGGCGGUGACAAAGAGGUGGCAAAAGCAGCAACAGACAAAAGACUGUGGUGGAUUGUGCUGCCCAUCCUGCUGGCGGCCUCCGCCGCCAUCAUCAUCCUCAAGUUCAAAUGCAAGAAGAUCCACGACCACACGGAGACCAUUGAUAUUGGAACUGAGAACGCGUCCUUCCAGACUCGCCCGGAAAGCACCAAAGACGGCGUCCUGCUUCUCGGCGUCAAGUCGUCAGGUGGCGAGGAGAACGCUGCAAGAUGAAAUGAAGUGGCCAGGCAUCAUGGUGGAGCGGCCUCUCGACCUCCAGUAACCUUUUCAUGUCCAACAAGCAGGAAAUGAAACGGCCCUGCGAGCUCCCGCCGACAGUAGAAUAAAAUUGUUCUCAUUGUACAAACAAAAGACUGUGCAUCACUCCUUGGGCCUUGUAUGAACUUAUUUCAGUGGCGUGUCAACAAAGGUACGCCCAGUUAGAAUCAGAUCCUUCUCUUAUUCAUUGUAUUCACCCAUGCUCAUAUCCGACGUUUAAUUUCUUGUGACAUGUUUGUUUGUUUUUGAAUGACAGUGCUCUUAUUUUGGAACCGUAUUCACGUGUUGUCAAGAAAAUGCAUUCUGCAAAUAUUUGUCGUUCAAUAUACAGUAAGGGAUUAGUUGUCUAAUAAAUCCAAAUUUGACCCUC